AUGUCCUCAUUAAAUAACGUCCUUUAUUUCCAAGCCAGUCUUGGAAUCUUAGCCAAUAUAUUUCUCUUUUUCUUUUAUAUGUGCACAAUCCUACGUCAUGGGCACAAGCCCAUAGACCUGAUCUUCUGUCAGCUGACUUUUAUCCACAUAAUGAUGGUCCUCACUGCAAUGGAUAGUUGGUUUACAGAUGUACUUGAGUCUCUGAACUUUGGGAAUGACUUCAACUGUAAGGCAAUUUUUUACAUAAAUAGGGUGAUGAGAGGCCUUUCCAUCUGCACCACCUGCCUCCUGACUGUGUUUCAGGCUGUGACCAUCAGUCCCAAUACCUCCUUGUUGGCAAAAUUUAAACAUAAACUAAAAAGAUAUAUGAUCCAUGUUUUCUUCUGUAUUUGGUCUCUCAAUUUAUCUUUCAGUAGUAACCGGAUCUUCUACGUUGGUGCUAUUACCAACACAAGUGAGAUCAACCAGUUGAAAGUCAGUAAAUAUUGCUCACUUUUCCCCAUGAACAAAAUCAUCAGGGAGUUGAUUUUAACACUGACAACCUGUAGGGAUGUAUUUCUUGUAGGAGUUAUGCUGACCACAAGUACAUACAUGCUGCUUAUCUUGUACAGACAUCAAAGGCGACACCAGCAUCUCCACAGCUCCAACUCCAGAGCCUCCCCUGAGAAAAGGGCCACCCAGACCAUCCUGCUUCUGGUGGGUUUGUUUGUGGUCAUGUACUGGGUAGACUUCAUCAUCUCAUUGGCCUCAACCCUGUUAUGGGUGUACAAUCCUGUCAUCCUGACUUUUCAGAAGUUCGUACUCAACAUCUAUCCCACAUUUAGUCCUUUGAUACAAAUCAGUUCUGAUAAAAGAGUAAAGUAUGCUGAAAAGCAUGCAGUCUAAGUGCCAUCAGUUUUAAAAAAUGCUCAUUAUUUUUUCCCUAAAAAACAGUUUCUUCUGACUCUGGUUAUUGUCCAGGUGGCAAGAAUUUUAAGUAAAAUCUGA